AUGACGGUUAAAGUGCUUAAUAUACUAUUAGGCAUAGCCUUGCUUGCUUUACGGGCACAUGCGUUUAUUCAUCCCAUUGAGGUUAGAGGCAAACACUUUGUGGAUUCGUUUACGCAAGAACCUUUUUUCAUUAAAGGUAUGGACUACCAACCUGGCGGGUCCAGUAAAGUCAAUGGAGAACAGGAUCCAUUAUCUGAUCCAAAGAAAUGUGCGAGAGAUAUUUUGUUAUUUCAAGAGGCAGGAAUUAAUACUAUUCGGAUAUAUUCUAUUAAUCCAGAUUUAAAUCACGACGUCUGUAUGACGAUGUUAGCUGCAGCUGGUAUCUAUUUGAUUUUGGAUGUUAAUUCUCCAUUGCAGAACCAACAUUUAAAUAGAUAUGAACCAUGGUCUAGUUAUAGUGAGUCAUAUUUGGACCAUGUUUUUAAAGUCAUCGAACAAUUUGGUCACUACAACAACACAUUAGGCUUUUUUGCAGGUAAUGAGGUAGUAAAUGAUAGAAGAUCGGCGCAGCAUUCACCUCCAUAUUUGAAAGCUUUGGUUAGUGAUAUGAAGAAAUAUAUUUAUAGGCAUUCUCCAAGACGUAUUCCAGUUGGUUACUCUGCAGUGGAUGAUUUGAAAUACCGAGUACCGUUGUCUAGAUAUUUAGAGUGCUACGACGCAAAUAAUAGCUUUAAUGAUGUGGACUUUUAUGGCGUCAAUUCUUAUCAGUGGUGCGGUCGUCAAACUUUUGAAACUUCUGGAUAUGACCAGUUAGUAGAAGCCUAUAGAAAUUACACCAAACCGGUCUUCUUCUCAGAAUUUGGUUGUAAUGAGGUUGUUCCAAGACAAUUCGAGGAAGUUGAAGCUCUAUUUUCCAAAGAGAUGUUUGCUGUAUUUAGUGGUGGAUUAGUUUAUGAAUUUAAUCAAGAGACGAAUAACUAUGGUCUAGUUGAUACUGAUGCUAGUGGUAAUGCCCACCUUUUACCUGAUUUUCAUACAUUAAAAAAGAUGUAUGGAAAAGUCAAAUUACCUACCGCAGAAGAAGUCGAGCAAGAAGUACAGAAGGAUAGGACAAUUGCUCAGGCAGCCACUAGUAAAGUUAAAUGUGCAUCUAAGUAUGACAAUCUAGAAAUCAGUAAUAUUGUAUUACCAAAAUUAGCGAAUAACAUGAUAAAAAAUGGUGUGAAGGCUAAUAAUGGGAAAUAUGUUGAUUUAGAAGACGAUCAAUUGAAAUCUACGUUUAAGAUCUAUGACGUGAAUAAGAAGGAAAUUUUGAAAAAUAGAAGAGUAGAAGUAGUAGAAACAUUUGGAGAAUCGGACUUAUCGAAUAUCGCGCGCAUGCACCGUUCUAGAUAUAGAAGCAACGCAUCUAAUUCUAACCCAGUAUCUGUCCUUGCCUUAGUUGCUAUUGGUGUUAUUGAACUCCUUUUCCAAUUUUCAGUCAUAUAG